UGAUGAAGUCUCUCCUGAAAGGAGCAUCAACAUCUUCCACUGUCUGACAGAGAUGAAGGACCACUCAGUACAUCAGGAGAUCACAGAGUUCCUGAAGUCAGAGAACAGAUCAGAGAAGAAACUCUCUGUGAUCCACUGCUCUGCUCUGGCCUACAGGCUGGAGAUGUCAGAGGAGGUUCUGGAUGAGUUGGACCUGGAGAAGUCCAAAACAUCAGAGGAGGGACGACGGAGACUGAUUCCAGCUGUGAGGAACUGCAGGAAGGCUGUAAUUCCUGCCAGUGGAUUCUUAGACUGGGAAGUCGUGGCCUCAGCUCUGAAGUCCGACCCCUCCGAUCUGAGAGAGCUGGAGGUGAAUGUAGACCUGCAGGAUUCAGAGGUGGAGCAGCUGAGUUCUGGACUAAAGAGUCCAAACUGUAGACUGAAGACUCUGAGUCUGAGGUGGUGCAGGUUGUCAGAGAUCAGCUGUUCUGCUCUGAUCUCAGCUCUGAAGUCUAACAUCCAUCUGAGAGAUCUGAACCUGAGUCACAACGCUCUUCAGGAUUCAGGAGUGGAGCUGCUGAGAGAUCUUCUGGAGAGGCCAGACUGCAGACUGGAGACUCUCAGGUCAGUUCUCCAUCUCUAUCUUCUGUGCUGAGAUGAAUAUGUGAGA